UGGUUCUUUUAAAAUUCCGUCACUGUAAAUUACUUUUAAUUUUGAGCGUAGUAAUUUUCAGUGCAAUCGUUUGUUUUUUAAACUAGCCACUUACUUUUCAGUGUACAAUGACAUAAAAUUACACGUCCCAACACCUAAACGCCAGCCGCAAAGCGAAGGGGCAUAAGUAAAAUGUCCGUCGUUUGCGCAGGGUGAGUUUGAGUGCUUGAGUGUAAGAAUGAAAAUAGUAUGCAAAUUCUGCGGAAUAUCCGCAGAAAACGUCGAGUUUUUGAUAAAACACAUGCGGUUGCAUAAGAAAGAAUCGAAGUUUGAGUGCCCAUUCGAAAAUUGUGUUGUUUUUUUUCAAAUCCUUCGCCGUGUUUGUCCAACACAUCCGGCAGCGCCAUAUUGGACGAAAAAACAGUGUUGAAGUGGAAUGUCCAAUCAUGGAUUGUGAAUUCAUGUCUUCGGACUUCAAACGGAUCACCAAACAUGUUGUGAAACAUAUUUCGGAAGGACAUCCGGUGUUCUGUCCUCUGAAGUGCCGAACCGGAAAACCGUUCGCGACACCCAACUCGUUGAGAAUCCACAACAUGUAUUUUCACCGCAUUGGAGUUCCUCGCAACCUUUCUAGACCGGAUGUGUCCCAGCCGAAAUAUGGGUCGACCGAUCAGGUGUGUGCUCCACAUCCGGAAGUGACAGUGUGCAACACAGAUGUUGAAGUUGUAGGAAAAGCUGACCAAGAAGAGAAGACCGAGAUAGAACAACGGGUUGAGCUGAACAGCAACUUUGAGAUGGUGAUCGGAUCCUUGCUCCUGAAACUGUUAUCGAAGAACCAUGUCACCGACGUAGUGAUUCAAGAAAUAGUAGAUGCUAUGGAUGAGGCGCUAACGAUAGAAAAACAAUUUCUAAAUUUCAAAUGCAAAAGUUUUGCAAGUGAAAACAGUUUGUCAGCAGAAGUCACCGGAAAGUUGAUAAACUCGAUGUGCUCAGAUAACUUGCAGAGCAAUCUCUUUGGACCUAAGGGAAAAUUUCGAUCAAGUUACACAAGGAAAAAGUUUUUUCGUGAAAAUUUUGCUUAUGUUUCACCUGUGCAAAUAUUGUUGCAAAGAGAUGGUGACCACAACAGCUGUUUUUAUUAUUAUGUUCCCAUAUUGCAAACUCUUACUUCUAUGUUGAAUGACGAAAAGAUAUAUGACGCAAUAUUUCGCGAAAAAUUGUCUGUUCCCCAUCACAUGACCGAUUAUACAGAUGGUCUUAAGUAUAAGAACAGCGGUUUCUUCGGUAGAAAGACGUUGAAUCUGUUUUUCUACCAAGAUGCAGCUGAAGUAGUGCUCAAUGCAGUGGGGAAUGCAACUGGCCGACACAAGCUUGAAUGUUGGUACAUGGUAGUAGGUAAUUUGGAUCCCCACUUGCGAUGUCUAACGGAUAAUAUUCAAUUAGUUUUGCUAUGCAAAACAAAGGAUUUUGCUUAUUUUGGCACCGACGCAAUUCUAAGAAGACUAGUUGAGGAUCUAAAAACGCUUGAAAAUUCCGGAAUUAUCGUUAAUGGAGGAGGUUAUGAAGAAAGAAUUUACGGUUCAAUAUUCAUAACGAUGAACGACAACCUUGGAGCUCAUCAACUGGCAGGACUCACUGAAAACUUUUCUAGGAGUUCCUAUUUUUGCCGUUUCUGUUACGUUCAGCAUCAGUCGUUCAAAGAAAACUGUUUUAUGUUGGCUGAACCAAGAACAUCGCAAUCCAGCAGUCAGGAUAUCCAGAUCAUCAAUUGCAACCCAUCAGAGAUACCAUAUCGUGGAGUAAAGGCGCCUUGCAUCCUCAACGAACUUACGUACUUCAACAUGUUUCACUAUGGAUCUGCUCCUUGCAUCGCCCAUGACCUAUUCGAGGGGUGGGUCAACAGUGAUUUAUUUUUGAUUUUCAAAAAACUUGUUAAGUCAAAAUCCAUAUCCACUAACUACUUGCAAGCUAAAAUUAAUGCUAUAUUCAAGCAACUGAAAAUCAAGACUAAAAUAGCUUUGGACUUUUCGAGAAAAAGUAAAACUAUCAAAGCUAAAGCCUGCGACAUCUGGCAUAUUGUGCAAAUAAUCCCUUUCUUGUUUAUUAAAACUACUGUGGACUACAAUAUUCCAGAGAUGUUGAUGUUAUUGUUGAUUAAACAAAUAACUGACAUCAUAACAUCGCCUGUUAUUUCGAAAGACCACGUACAGUUACUUGCAGUACUGAUAAGAGAAUAUUUAGAAUUCAGGUCAGAAAACUUUGAAGCCCCAUUGAAACCAAAACACCACUUCACAAUGCAUUACCCCCAUCUCAUUCUAUGGCUGGGCCCAUUGAUGAGCUAUUGUACUUUGUUCUGUGAACGAAAGCACUGUUUUUUCAAAAGAGCUUUGCGUAGUACACUAAACUUUAAGAAUGUGGUUAAGUUUUGCGCUGAACAUCACCAAUAUUACCAAGGUUUGCUCAACACUAAAACCAAUAGAUUUGAAAAACAAUUUGUUGCUGAAAAAUAUCUGGAAUCAUCUGCAUUUCUGCCGUGCUCAACAACCGAUCUACUAGGAAAAUCAGGUCUUCUGCAUGAUCAGAACUUAUAUGCCGAAGAAGCUGUCUAUUGCGGACAUGACUAUAAGAAAGGACAAUUCUUGUUUCUGAGUCACGAUGAAUACGGUGAAGUAUUUUUCGUUUUAAAAAUACAGUUGUUGAUUUUCGAGCCAAAAACCAACAAUCUAUAUAUCUUCGGAGAAAAGAAAGCCGUGACAAACAUCCAUGAGAAAGGUUUACUUGUGGUUCAACGCGAAGUAUUAGACACUGAAGUGAAGAACAUAGAGACCUUCAUAGAUCGCACCCCACUUGAGACUUACAUUGAAAGCAGUAAGGAAUACCUGUUCAUUAAACACACGAUACCGCUGAUAAACUAGCUCGCAGAAAACCAUGGAAUCCAUCGCAAUUUACAAAAUAUGCGACUCAACCCGACUACGACGCUUUAUCAUACCCUCUUAUGGAACCCUAGCAAGUUUGUUGGAACAAGGUUCAAUAACGCUGGAGAAAAACAUAACUCAAAUAUUGACCGAACAAGACGGAUGCCGAAUAACCACGGAUUUGGUUUUGAAUGUGUUUAAAGAUAACCUUCUUAUGCUUCUGGAAGCAGAAGAAAUGUGGAUGCCUGUCGAAGCUUUGAACCCCGCAAGCGAUAAAACCGGAAUGCAAACUGAUGGUAAGUCACCCUAUUUAUUUGAUAAUGGUAGUUUAAACUGAUCAUGCCCAACUCUAUUUAUACAAUUUUCAUGUACAUAGUUCUGUACAUGUUGUUCAACUCUCAUAAAAAGCAAAGCUAAAUGAUUCUGUUCGAUCGUUUGGACAAAUUUACUAAACAGCAUUUCCCAAACUUGGUUUUCGCGACCACCAAUCGUCUUUUCAGCUCACUUUCCAUUCUCUAUACAUGGUUCUGAAAGGCCGGGUGAUCACAAAAGCGAAGUUUCGAAUAUGAUGAAUAGAAAAAUGUACUAACUAGAAAUACUCACCUGAGGAAUACCCGUGUUGCUGCAACAUUUACUUCUUAAUGGUUUCGCAAAAAGCCUGGUUCUCAGCCUCAUUUUCCUAUAGCACAUCCAUAGAGCUAAGUGUUAUGCUAGACACUACUGAGAAUCAAAUCUCAUCACUACCAGGUUGGUUUCAAUGUAUAGUCGCGCAGCUGAUUUGAUAAGUAUGAUAUUUACACCCUUAUCCAAGCUCACGCUUGAGUUUUGUUCUGGGAUAUGUAAAAAAAGUCACUUUAUAAAGCAUUGCAGAUGUUGUGUAAGCGUACAGCGCCUUCAUCGUUUACACCUUUCGUUGUGAACAGAGUAAUCCGCUUUUAAAACUACUGGUAUUAGAGCAUAUAACGAUAAAUUAAAAGCACAAAUAUUGAUAUAGUAAUUGAACAUUAUUUCAUGAAAAUCAGGGUUUCACAUUGUAAUAAUUUCAUUGAAUACUGCUUUACAAAAUUUUGCUUCUAAUUGUUUACACUGGCAGACAGGACUAAGAAACUGAUUCAAAAUGAGUCAAAGUUACCCUCUUUUGAGUAGAUUUGAACGAGCGUGUACAGGAUUUGACACUUGAUAUUUACACGCUAAUCAUAAAAUAAGCAUCAUUUGAUUCCGUGUAACAAUACACGGAGAAACAUAAAACCCCAAUGAGUAAAUUCAACUGUUUGCUCGAAUAAGGGCGUAAGUCGCAUAAUCGAUUUGUCUUCAUUGAACCUCUUUUUUGGAUGAAGGUGACAAGACGUAAUUUAAACAGCAUUUUUUUUUAAAUAUUUUUAGGGGCGUUAAUAAGUCAUUGAAAAAUCCAGAACAUUCGAUGGAAGCACUCAGAUAUGGAUUUGCCAAUUUCUGAAUAAACCCCUACUUGACAAAUAGCAUAGAAAAUCCCUGCAGAGUGGAAGAGUGGCAGAUAGAAAAUGGUCAUAAAUUCAGUAAUUCUACACUGAAGCAAUUUUCCGUACACCCUUUAUGUGUGAAACUACAAAGGUUUUGUCAAUAAGCGUUUGCCAA